UCAGCAGCGGGAUGCUGUGAUAGAGAGAAGAAGGAGAAGAGGAUUAAAGAGAGGGAGAGGCAGGGAAUGCUCACUCUGGAGGGAGGACCUCGCCUUGUGUGUUCGGGAUGAAGGGAUGACACAUUCUGCACUGCUUGUUAAUGGGACUAUUCGCUCGGAGAUUAACUUGGGCUCGGCUCUGUCCAUCCUCCCUCGUCUCGCCCCUGGACUCGGAUCUCCCAGGAACCAAAUGGAUUCCCUGACUUUCACCUGUACGGCACAGCAGGAGCUCGUCUGACGAGUGAACCCAGGUUCGGAGAGCAGCCCGGGCCUCCUGCCGAGCGCCAGUCUCUCUCUGUUUCUCUCUCUCUGUGUGACUCCCGGAGCCUUCAUUACAGCAUGUUUGGACUAAAGGCUCCACUCUACUAUCUGUCGGGCAUGAGCCAUGAGCCAAAGUCGCCAUCGUUAGGAAUGAUCUCCACGGCAACACGCACCACGGCGACCGUCAGCCCUCUCACCCCCUCCCCCAUCAGCGGCACGGUCCUGGCCAAUGGGAACACCGCUUCCCAGUCCUCUCACUCCGGAUUUGCCGCUGCUCUCCGCAAACUGGCCAAGCAGGCGGAGGAACCCAGAGGCGCCACCUCCAUCAGCGGCGAAUCGUCUCCCGUUUCCUCUCCAGCCACCAAUCAUAGCUCUCCGGUGGGCACGCCCAAGCGAGGUCCGGGUCUCGGGGCUCCUUCCGCCGCCCACAGCGUGUCGAGUACGCCGCCCGUGGUCACCAUCGCGCCUACGAAAACAGUCAAUGGCAUGUGGAGGAGUGAAGGGAGACAGGCUGAAGCUGCAUUGAGAGGGUCCGCCCGAGAACGGCUGCCCUCAGACCCUCCUCCUCCUCUUCCUCCUCCGCCUCAGGAGAAGAGUGUCACCUCUAUUCCCCCUCACCUCAUGGGGGCGCCUUAUCCAUUCGGCCUGAGCCCCAGCGCAGUCAUGCAGGAUCCUCGUCUGCAAGCCCUUAAUUUAUCACGUCAGAUGUCUCAUGUCCUGCCGUCGGGCGCUGUACCAGUCGGCGCAGUGUCUUUGGGGGCGGUGUCAGAGGAAUACCUGCGCAGUGGGUUCCGUCCUUAUGGUUCUGCCGAGGAGCUGCGACUCUCUUCACUACCGUUAGGGCUGGACCCAGGGUACUUCCGCUCAGGAUAUCUGGCCUACCCUGCCCUAUCCUCAUACAGAAUGGAUGAGUCCCUCUGUUUAUCUGCCCUCCGCUCACCCUACUACCAGCUGCCAGCGGGGGGAGCCGUGCCCUCCCUGCAUCCUAGCACUGCUCACCUCCACCUGCCAGGGGUGCGCUACCCUGCAGAGCUCAGCCAUCAGUCUCUGACAGCCCUGCAGAACGAGAGGCUGCAGAUGGAGGACAAGCUUCGCCAGCGCGAGAGAGAGCGGGAGCGCGAGAAGGAGAGAGAGAAGGAGCGAGAGAGAGAGCGAGAACGGGAACGAGAGCGCGUCCGAGAGAGGGAGCGGGAGGAGGAAAGAGAAAGAGAGAGAGAGCUGGAGCGACAGAAAGAGAGGGCGAAAGAGAGGGAAGUCCAGGCGGUUCGGGCCAUGGAGAAGCACGUCUUGAGCCAGGAGCUACACGCGCACGCUCACGCUCACACUCUCUCUCACAGGCAGCAUAUAGAAGACCGAGCCAAGCUUACACCAAACCGAGCAGAGAAUAAAACCAAAGAGGCCGCACUCCUGACCCCGAAGCCUCUGCAGCCUGGCUUGUAUCCCUCCCCGGGUGGCCACACUCCACUCCCGAUGCCCAGUCUGGUUCCCACCCCUGGGGAGCGGUUAGGACCGGGGACUGUGUUGCUCCAGCGCCAGGGAGAGGAGGAGAGAUGGCUGGCGCGCCAGAGGAGGCUGAGAGCAGACAUGGCUGACAGACAAGGCCCGGCGUCUGAGACUUUACAGCACAGCACAGAGUUGGAGACACAUGAACCGCAGACAGACACACAGAGGCCCCACUCACGCCAGCAGGACUUGAAUACCAGAGAGCUACCUCAACACCUGGGAGCGCCACCUCCUCUCAUCUCCCCCAAACCCACCCCUCCUAACCCCCCCACCACUCUCUGGAAUCCUGUGUCCCUCAUCAACUCUCUCUCAAAUGCACGUCGAGCGUAUGACCCGCCUUUCCUUCCAAGUCGUCCACCUCCAGGAUUGACUAAACCCGAGUGUCCAGACAGGAACCUUCCUAAAAGGACCCCGGGGCUCCUGGAGCACAGCACCUUCCUUACAGAGCAGGAGAAGCCAAGCCAGAGCGUCCUGAAUAAGCCGAGGCCAUCCUUUCCUGUGCCUGCUCCCUUUGGAGAGCUCAGGGGAACUAAAAGAGCAGGGUCUCCAAUCAGGGGCUUCCCACAGUGUCCCAGACGAGAACCAACGCUGGUGUAUGAUCACGCACUGCAGCAGCACAGAACACUUCUGAGCAAGCUCGACCUGGAGGAGAAGAGACGAAGGGAGGCGAGAGAAAAGGGUUAUUACUAUGAGCUGGAUGACUCUUAUGAUGAGAGUGAUGAAGAAGAAGUAAAAGCUCAUCUGAAGAGAGUAACUGAACAGCCUCCUCUCAAGUUUGACCAGUCUACGGAGAAACUGGACUUCUUGGCUGUGUUUGGACUGACCACAGUGUCUCACCGGAAUGAGCUGUUGGAAAGAAAGAGGAAAAAGAGGAGAAAGAUGAUGAGGGAGCGCAGCCCGUCUCCGGUGUCUGCCCAGAGUAAACGCCAGACUCCGCCCACGCCCGCAUCCACCCUGUCCACCCGUUACACACCAGAGGAGAUGGACAGAGCACCUGAACUAGAGAACAAGAAGCAUUUUCUCACCAUGUUCAACCUCAACCAUGUCAGCCAAGAGCAAAGGAUAGAAAAAGAGAAAGUAGUGAACCUACUAGAUGCCAUCAAAAAGAAAACCAUCACUCUUGAUACACUCCGAUAUGCAACAUGUUCACCCUGCUCCAGCCCUCCCACUACCGCCUCUGAUCCUACAGCACCAUCCACACCCUGCCAAACAAACAGAAAACCGCACACACAUUCCCGCACUCCCACUCCUCCUGGACCUACCAGACAACAACAUCAUCAUCAUCAUCAUCAUCACACUGUCAGCCAGCCCGACCUUCCCAGACCUUCACAGCCCUCCGACAUCUUAUGCCCUAAAGAGCCGCCUCCACUUACCCCGUUGCAAGAGCAGUCUCGUUUAGGCGAAGUCCCGCCAAUCAGGAGAGCGCCAAGCCAGCAGAACAGCUCCCGACCUCUACUCACACAGCUGAAGGAGCGGCCUCAUGGGCUCAAUGGUAUGAGUGAUCACAGCAGGUCCCGACCCUGGGAGAGCCUCAAUGCUGAGGAGUUUGCGCAACGGUUCCACCAGUCUGUACUGCAGUCUACACACAAAUCCCAGCUUAAACCCAAAGGAGGUAUCCCCGGAGCUCCAGAGUCGAACCACAAGCUUAACAACGUGCGCUACACCCCUUCAGAGCACCAGGGGGCGCCAAACCGACUACCUUACUCUCACACCAAUGGCCAUGCCUGCCACCCUGCAACCCACCAUGAGCCAGGGUUGAGCGAUGAGAGAUCUGCUGAAGAGGACACCACUGAGGAGGAAGAAGAAGAAGAUGAUGAUGAUGAAGAUGAAGAAGAGGAGCAGAAGUACAUUCCCAAAUGGAAGGGUAUUGAGGCCAUAGUGGAGGCAUAUCAGGAGUACAUGGAUGAGAGGGAUAUAGAAAGUGAGGUUCUGCAGACUGAGUGUAGGAGAAUGGAGGCUCAGCACUAUCACCUGAGUGUUACAGCUGAUCAGCUCUCUGUCAGCAUGGGGGAGCUGUUGGCGCAGAGGCAGCGGCUGGCACUAGACAGGGAGCGAAUGCAGGCCGAGCUCGAGCACUUCAGGAAGUGUCUGGCGUUGCCCGCUCGGCUCUUACACCGGGGCCACUAUAAGGGGCCACCACCGAGGUGAUCCCCCUCACCCCAACCACUCACGAUCAGGGAUCUGGGCAACCAGUACCCAGUUCCUCACCUGAGACUGAGAGCCUAGAGCUGCACUGAAGGCUGAGGGUGAGGAGGACAACAGGAUGAAGAUGAAGCUAAGCUUUUUGCACAGCAGGACGAUUGACUGCAGGCAUAUUAAGCUUGUGCACUGGUUUAACUACAUAAAGGGCGAUGCUCAGUAGCAGUGACACAGUGGCUGGCACUGGGAAGCCCAUUCUCAUCUCCAGCUUUAGAUUCUUGUGUGCUAGAAAUUACAAAUAGCAAACCUUACAACCAAAAAUAUAUAAAUAUAAUAAUAAUAAUAAUAAUAAUAAUAAUAAAUCGCCUAGCUUCUGUUGAAGCAGAGAGUGAUGACACACAUGCUAGAGCUGCACUUCAGCAUGAACUGUUUAACACUGUGGCAUGGGAUAAGUGUGAGAGAAGAUUCAGAACGUUUCUUACUGAUAGACGCAGCUUUGAAAUCUAAUUAUUAUUGCUUAAAAGUGAACAAAAAUAUUGCUAAAAACAGUUUUAGUUUAAUAGCUUUUGUACUAUUAAUAAAUCAAACUGUUUACUUUGGAUUUCAAUAUUAUUUCUAGGCUGGGGAUUUGGAAAUGAGUAACCGCAGGUGUGAAGCGGAAUGAAGUAAAGGAAAAGGGAAAGAAAAAAAUUAAGUGAAGGAAACGUGUAAAUAAAGAAAGGAGGAGGCAGGGAAAGAGCAAAACUAAAGCUUUGUGUCAGUUUGAUGCGGUGAUCUUUAUUCCUCCGAAGCCAGCUGUAAUCUGAACUCGUCCCUCACGCAGCUAUCUAUUUUUGCUCUUCACUUGGAGCCGCGUGUGAUUCGCCAUGUGAAGUGCCAGAGUAUUUUGUACCGAUCGUCUCCGUACACAAGCACUUACUGACACGCUGCAUGAGCGUCACUGAACAGCGCCGCAGCGGACCGACUGCAGUGAAAUGUUUACACACUGUGCGUUCUCGCCACAGAGAAGCAUUCCUGUUCCCAUCAUGCACUAGGCACAACGGGGCAACUAGGCCACAAGUGAUAUGUACUGAUGUAAUUCUUUAUAAUGAAGUCUGUAAUGAACAGAAAUCCAGUUUUUAAAUCUUGUUAAAACUAGGAAGACAGCAGAGCCACAUAUUAUUAAGAUGAUGAUGAUGAUGUAAGAUUCCCUGAUAUUUUAAUGCUGUGAAAAGUUUUAAUUGUCCUUUUUUUUUAUCUGGAUGAAGUGUGGGGUAAUAUAUUAUUUGGUGAAUGUAGUAAUAGUUAU